CGGCUGCACAUCCUCUGACACACCAGAGAGCAUGCUAUACCUAAAGAAAUACUUCAACGAGGGCCUGAUCCAGAUGGCCAUCCUGCUCAGCCUGUGUGGAGUGAGGGUUGAUGUGGGACUGGAGCCCUACCUGCCUUCCUCCUGGCAUGAGAUGAUCUUGGGUCCGACCUCAGCACUGACCCCGACACAGUUCCACAACCUCCGCAACCGCCUAGAGGAUGGACAAGAACUGCACCCCAAAAGCGUGGACCUGGACGGGUUCUUCACGGCACGAAGGCUACUGGGUUUUGUCCGCUCCCUUGACAGAUUACAGGUUCCUCAUGCAGAACUGGAGACAUGGCUGGUCCAGCGGGAGCCAGAUCCUCUACCAAUGGGACGUCCAGACCAAUCCUCCACACUGAAUAGAGCACCUGCUGGGGUAGAAAGAGACCAAGCUGCUCCGCCAGUGGAAUCCAGAGCUGCACUUGGUGCCCUGCAGGAAGAAGAGGAGGAGGAGGAGGAUAAAGAGGAAGGAACGCAUCACGUACUUGAUCACAGUGGUGCUCCGGAGGAGAGAGGAGAGGAAGAGCAGGAGGAACAGCUGGGCAGGUGGACAGAGGGAAGAGAAAGACAAGGAGGUUCCUACAGCCAUACUUUCAAUAGAGAACUUACUCAGAAUGAAGUAGACCAGACUUCUUUGUCCCUCCAGGAGUGUUUGAGGCUGUUGGAGGAAACCUUUCCCUUCACAGAAGAACAACAGUUGCAUGAUGUUGGUAGUAGAAGGGGAGACCUUGAGUGUCAGCCACCAGGCAGGGAGCCCCAGCUCUCCCAUACAGUGCCCACUGGUAACCCUUCUUCAGAGCAGGAGCUGCACUGGCAGGACCUGUUGGCUAUCAUGGAGCCUGGGGUGCCUGGGAGAAUUAAGAAUACAGACAUGAUGACUUCAUUGGACUACACCCAGAAUGCAAGAGCAACUAGGACCCUUCAGGGUGUUGGAUCUGAAGCUUUACACCAUUAUUGUAACAACAAUAACGAAAUAAGACCGGCUGAUCAUGGGGUCCUUUUAAUGGAGACUCCCCUGCAGCAUGGUUUGUUGGGACCUCCAAGGCAUGAGCUAGAGCCAGCGCUGCUUCCCCUCACCCCAAGUGUUGAGUUGGAUGACCACAGUUCUACCCUGAACACAGGGGACACUUUGUAUAACUCUAAUGUGAAUCCCUCGCACAGUCUUCCAGAUCACACACAUCUGUUUGCAGAAGAUACUUCAGAAGACCUUUUCAUGGGACUAAAUGCAGACAGCAACUCAAGUGCCUUCAACAUAAAUCUGCUUACACAACGUCUUGUGAAUACCACAGAAGGUGGUCCAUGUCCACAGUAUAUUCCCUCCCCUGAAACCCUUCCUUCCUUUGAUUUUAACUUUCAAUCACAUGACUCGACACCUCUCCACUUCAGCCCAUGUCCAGAGGGGAAUGGUAUGACUCAGGACCUUCUAACAUCUCCCUCAAGAGUCUUUCUGGUUGAAGACGAGGAGGAUGUCAAUGAUGAAGAUGGUCUAUCUAGCACACUUAGUGACCUCUUAGAAGAUGCUACCAUCUUGGAUGAGAUGAGAUUGUUGGACUUAGCUCUUGAGGAAGGAUUCAGUCCUGAGAUGGCAGCCAAGCUGGAAGAGGAAGGUUUCCUUGACAGUGAAAUAACCAAACAGGAAAGCAGAGGAGAUGAUGAGCACUUGGACUCUGGCAUGGGAGUCACAGAAGAUCAGGGUCUAUCAAGACAUCAGCAAGACACUGAGGAUGAGGCAGACUCAGACUCUGGUCUUUCUCUGGACUUCAGCCACAGCCCUGCUUCUCCAUGUGCUUCUGAGGCUUCUUCCUAUUCAUCCUCAUCCUCAUCUUGUGUGUCAGCUGUGGAGAGUCCCUUCUCUGAGGACGAGGACACAGAGGUUGAGGAAGGGUUACUUGGUUCAGAUAUGGAGGUGGAGAUGACCAUAAAGCAGGAGGAGCUGGAAGAGGAGGAGAUGGGGGCAGUAGGAGGAGGGUACCCAGAAGAUGUAAGGAAACCCUUUCCUACAAACUAUGGGGAUCACAAGCUAUAUAAUGGCUUUCCUUGGCUAGACCCUAUAGGUCAUGAUCACACAUACAACCAGCCCUCCUCACCCAUCUUCUCUCCGUCCUUGGGCAAGAUGCCCACCAAACGCACCAAAUCCUCCUCGCGUCGUGACAAUGCCAAGCCUUACCACCACUCUUCUUCCAGACACAUCUCCAAGACCAAAAUGUGGAAUCGGGAUGAACGGCGUGCGCAAGCCUGGAAGAUCCCUUUCUCCAAUGAGAUGAUUGUUAAUCUGCCAGUAGAGGAGUUUAAUGACCUACUGGCCAAUUACCAACUCAGUGAGGAGCAGCUAACACUCGUCAGGGACAUUCGCCGCCGUGGUAAGAACAAAAUAGCUGCUCAGAACUGCAGGAAGAGGAAAAUGAAUGUGCUGACAGAACUGGAAGAUGAUGUGUCAGGUUUAAGGCGCUAUCGGUCGCGGCUCCUCCGAGAGAAACAGGAAGCCCUGAGGAACCUGCAGGAAAUGAAGCGCCGACUAGGAAUGUUGUACCAAGAUGUCUUUUCCAGGCUGAGGGAUGAGGAGGGGAUGCCCUUGAACGCCAUGGAGUACCGGCUUAAUUUCGAGUCCAAUGGUGGCGUUACGGUAGCUUCACACCAACCAGAGGCAGUGCUGCCACUGACAAAAACCAGCAAGAAACAGAGGGACAAAAAGAAGUGAGGAGGUGGACAAGCCAGACUUUUGUUGGCUCAGAUGUUCUUGACAUUAGCAGGAGUGUGAUCUUACCACAAAAAAGCAGGAAAUACUGAUGUGGUGGCAAAUGAGGAACACUUCUUCUUUAAAUGGUGUCAAUGGAGGUGCUGAAAGGUACCAUGAAAACACACACCCAGUCCUUGCACACCAAAACAGAUAUCCCAGAGAGUUUUUAUUUAAUGAAUUGGUGAAUGGCAGGUUGGACAGAGGUAAUUAAGACGUUCUUUGAAAGGGGAGGGGAUAAUUUAUUAUCAUAAUGAUGUUGAUGGUGAUAAGGAAACCUUUACUCCAGGAUUUGUUACUCUCAAUUUUUUAUUAUAAACAUUUUCUACACUGGGAAGGAAUUUCAGUUGCUAAGGUCAAACAACUCUGGGGUUAAACUUGACAACAUCGUGGAAUGAAAACAUCAGAGGAUAGCUGACCUGGGACCAGCGCUUUGCAAUGCUAGUCGCAAAGUUCUGCUUAAUAGUACUGACUUGUCAACACACUGAUAGCAGGCUGGAUCCUGGCUGUCAGCUAAUAUAGCCAAGCAACCGCAAACACUACAGUGACUCUGGGUCGCCAAGGAAGGGCUGCUGGUACACAGGAAGGGAAGUUGUAGUUGUGCCCCACAGGCUAAUAGAGGUGCAGCAUCUCGCUCAGACACUUCAGCAGGUUAAAGACAGGGGAUGACGAGGAUCAAACCAGUGUGUGUAGAGUUCCCAGAUCGUGCAGGAACCACAGUCCAGCCCGCCGCCAAAAAGUGAACUAUGCUAUUCACCAAUACUUCAAGACAAUAGGCACCGUCUCCAGCAGAAGCCUUUCAAAAUUCUACAAAGAAAGGAUUUUUGCCACCUUGGCCACUUUGCUGGACUUUUUGGGAUAACAUAUGCAAGUUAGGACAAACUUCACAUCUGGGAGUUCAAGUUUAUCACUUGAUUUACUUUUUUACAAAACAGAAAAACCUUUUGUUUAUAUAAGCUAAAAUUUUUGUAUAGGGCACUAAACAUUUUCACAUCAGUGUAUGUCUGGCCUGAAAAUCAGACAAUCUAAUACAAAGGCCUGCUCUGAAUAUGAGUAACUGACAGAGAAAUGACCCAUAAGGUGUGCCUGGUUUUGUUGUUCAUAUAUCCAACACACCUAUGUGACUGUGAAACUAUGGACAUUUUUGCCUUCGAACAAAAUGGGAUGAUGAAUGAGUUUGCCAAAUGUAGCUCAAGGGUAGUGACCUCAAUUCAAAGGCAGGAUUUGGACCCGUUAUCACUCUUAAGAUCUGGAAUGUUUUAAGAUUGAUAGAUCAAAGUGUUUGCCACAAAUACACAUGAAUGUACUGUGAUAUUGUAAAGAUAAAAGCUUUGGCCUUCAAAGACAGGUAACAACAGAUAAAACUCCAUACAGAUUCCAUUUACACCUUUAAUUUAAAU